GCCUCCGACGAAACGCAUACCGCUUCUCACUCCAGCAGGGUAAAACCCCUGUUGGCAAAGUCAGAGCGGGAGCGUAGGGGCCAAAAACGGUUAGGAAAAAGGAAUGGUGGUGGGGGGGGAGAGAGAUGACCGCAGUCGGUGGUCCGACCGGAGGAAGCAAACGGAAGCAAGAGAAUUCUUAAUUAUAUGAUCGAAGUUUUAUUGUUCUGAUAUUGUUCCUUGGCCAUCGGCCAGCUCACCCGCGGAUCCGGCGCCUGUGUUCCUGCAGCUCGUCCAUUCUUCUCCUUUUCUUGGGCGCCCGGCCAUUCAACACUUUUUUUUCUUUAUUCACUGUCCGCGGCGUUCUGUCUUCGCUCGCUUCCGAAAAUCGACUCCUGCUGUCGCCACGGUCGCUCGACGCUCUCACCACGCCUGGCGCUCGUUUUCGGGACUUUCUCGAAAGAGAUCCGCUCUGUUGCCGGCUGAGCAUGGUUCUCUCUCCUCGUUGUUCCCUUUGCGGCUAUUCCGUUUGAGCUAUCCGUUUGGCGGGAUUUCGGCUAUGCAAAAAUAUACUAGCUUAUUUACAAACAUAGAAUAUAAUCUUGACUGCUACAAAUCUCGCUCCAUUUUCAGAUUAGUUGAUUAAUAACUAAUUCUUGUUACGAUGUGAGGCUCCCAGUAUGGGUCCUCACAAGUCUAUAUCGCCGCAUCAUCACCACUAUUUCAUAACCAUAGCAAAUUUGGUCUUUCGAGCCGGAUUUCCGGGUUUGAGUUUGUUUUGUAUAUAUAUUGUAUACAUAGGCUCAGUCGACAGGAAGAGUAGUCUGUCCAAGUGCCAAAAGUUGCAUUAUUUGAAAUCCUAUCUGGAUGGUGAAGCGUUGUCUCUGGUAAAACAUAUUCCCAUAUCGGAUGCUAAUUACCAGGACGCAUGGGAAAGGAUCGGAAAUCGCUAUAACAAAAAGUCACUGAUUGCUCGUUCAUUCAUUCAAAACAUUCUUUCGUUGCCAACCGCAAAGGGUUCAAACAUCGCCGAGGUGCGUAAAAUGGUCGACACCGCCGACGAAUGUAUACGUGGUCUACAUGUGCUGAGCUGCGACAGCCGCGAUGUGUGGCUGAUUCAUAUCUUGCUCUCAAAGCUAGACCCUGAAUGCAAGGAAGCUUGGGCCACCUCCAGUGAAUCGUGUAAGGAAAAUGUGACCAUAAAUAACCUGUUCGGCUUUGUUUUCGCCCGUUGCGAUGCACUUGAGUCUUGUCAAGAUCCAAAGCUAAUCCAUGAUACACACACGGUGCUGAAUAAACGUCGUGCGUUUCUCAUCAUGUUGACGGGCCAAAUACGCCUGUUCGUGAUUGAGUAUAUUGUCACGAGCAACACAGUCACAAGGGAUGGUUAUUUGUGCUUCAAUUGUCUAAGCCGAUCUCAUCAAGUCCAGGAGUGUAAUUCCACAAAGUUGAGGCACCACACUCUUGUUCAUCCAGAGGAUAUACGCUCUGUCACGGCUUCCACUGAUGUCAAUACAUCCGCUCAACCGCCCGCUCGUCCAGUUUCCCUGCUGAUGCUGAUCCUGCCGUGGUCAGCCAUCAUACAUUGGAGAGGAAAUUCGUGGCCAAGAGUCAAGCCAUAUUGCUAACGAUUUUGGCACCUAUAGUCGACUCCUGGGGCAACGAGACAACCUGCAGGAUACUGCUGGAUACUGGUUCAACUAUAACGAUGGUCCCCGAAUCAUUUAUUCAACGAAUUGGAUUGCCGCGCAAGCAUGCUCGUAUACCAGUGGUUGGUCUAGGCGCAAAUCUUGUUGGGGUUACUAGAAGUCGCGCCACAUUCACGCUGCUCUCCCGCACAAGCUGAGCCUCAGUGGUGGUAACAGGUCUGAUUAUGAACACUUUAACCUCAUCGAUUCCAGCCCAAAGGAUCGAGUCUAACACACCGAUGUGGAAAGGAUUCGUGAUCUAGGCAAAAUCGACGUGAUUUUAGGAGCUGAUCAGCUUUGGAACAUUUACACUGGACAACGCAAAGAGUUUGGUUCUGAAUAUCCUAUUGCACUUCAUACUAAUUUUGGUUGGAUCAUUACAGUCAGCUGCCGUCUCAGUAGUGAUGCUCACAACCACGCACUAGCACAUCACGCCCACGAGGAUCUGGACACCUUGGUUCGAUCGUUCAUGGACAUGGAACGAGUUCAACCAAGUGACGCUACCAUUGAUGCUAGUGAUCCCGCUGAGCAACCCUUCGUUCAUACGCAUACCCGCAGAAACGAUGGCGUGUACAUCGUCCAAUACCCGUUCAAGGAAUCUGCCCCUCCGAUGGGAUCCACACUGCCACAAGCGCUACGCCGCUUUUCUCCUCUCAAACGGAAGUUUCGAAAAUUUCCUGCGCUCAAACAACAGUAUGUCGACUUUAUGAAGGAUUAUGUACAACGAGGACACAUGGAGGUGAUUCCUUCUACUACCGUCAAAAACGCUCCCGCCAACUACAAUUACUUAGCACACCACGCAGUAUUGAAACCAGAUAGCACCACCACGCAAUGCCGAGUUGUAUUCGAUGGCUCUGGGGAGGACUGCAAUGGAUCUUCACUUAAUUCACGACUUCACAUCGGACCACCUAUUCAAAGGGAUUUACUUGGAGUAUGUCUACGUUUCCGUUAGCAUCGCUAUGUGUUUUGUACGGACAUUGAGAAAAUGUUUAGAGGCAUCCUGGUUUCAGAAGAUCACACGCAUUACCAACGGAUUGUCUGGCGAAAGGAGGAGACUGCUACACUCGAUCAUUAUCGACUGCUGACCGUGAAGUAUUGUUUAGCGUCUUCACCGUUCUUGGCUGUUCGAGUUCUCAAGCAGAUCGCGCAAGAUGAUGCCGAAGGCUGCUGCUGUGCUUGUAAGAGACGCGUACGUGGAUGAUAUUCCUACUGGCUGCGAUAAUAUCGACGAUCUCAUUGCACUCAAAGAUGAAUUAAUUUUACUAUUGAGCCAAGCUCAAUUUAAACUUCGAAAAUGGAGUUCAAACUGAUGGUCACUACUCAAUUCGCUGCCAAAGGACAUUUGUGAGUAUCCACUUGAAGCCCUAGAGGGAGAUAGCCCAACUCAAUAUGUCAAGGUUUUUGGAAUACGCUGGGACCCGGCUGUGGACGAGCUUUCCUUCAAGUUGACCAUUCCUGACGCCACAAGGGUUCUGACAAAACGGAUUUUGCUGUCUGAGCUUGCCAAGAUCUACGAUCCACUGGGGUUGCUUGCCCCCACAACUGUAUUUCUAAAGGUUCUCUUUCAAGAUAGUUGGCUAAGCUCGGUCGAAUGGAACGAACCACUACCCGCGCAGCUAUGCGAACGGUGGCAACAGUUUGUAGCUGAAGUUUAUUUACUGGAACGCUGUCGCAUACCUCACUACCUCUCCUCGCCACGUCAAGCAACGGAGCUGCAUGGAUUCGCCGAUGCUUCAUCUCAUGCAUACGCCGCUGUCAUCUACAGUCGCGUGAGAUUCAAUAAUGACUAUGCUGUAACACUGAUCGCCGCAAAAACCCGUGUUGCACCCAUCAAACCUAUCUCCAUCUCACGGCUCGAAUUGAUAUCUUCUGUCUAAAUUUAUAUCUCUGGUUAAGCAAGCUCUAAUUAUUCCUAUUUCCAGUACGUCGUGUUGGUCAGACUCCGAAAUUGUACUACAUUGGCUCUCAUCACCCCCACGGACUUGGAACACUUAUGUUUAACAUCUCGGUGAGCACAGCUGUUUCCCGCCCAAUUUAAUUCGGACUUCAAAAUGGGAAAGCAUAAAUCAUCUCUUCAAGAUGAAAUCCUAGCGGGUUUCGUGAAAGACAACCCGGGCUUGGCAAAAGGAAAGGCGACCGAGUUUUUGUCGAUGCCAAGUAGGCAGAGCUUUGCGGCGCUCUCAAUGCUGUUGGGCCGCCAAUCAUGGACGCAUUGGGUUGGAAAAAGGUUUGGGCAGAUUGGAAAACAAACAUCCGCAAGAAGCUGG